AUGUUCGGUCCACUUUUUGGGCUUCUGGCUUUGCUAGCAGUCACCAAUGCAAUUCCCGUUGAUAACGGUGUUGAAGGUGAUCCAGAAAUUGAAUGCGGUCCAACCUCAAUCACUGUCAACUUCAACACAAGAAAUCCAUUUGAAGGACACGUUUACGUCAAGGGCCUCUUUGAUCAGGAUGCCUGCCGAAGAAGUGAACGUGGUCGUCAAGUAGCUGGAAUUGAACUUCCAUUUGACAGCUGCAAUGUUGCCAGGACCAGAUCUUUGAACCCACGUGGUGUUUUCGUUACCACAACAGUUGUCAUCUCUUUCCAUCCUCUGUUCGUUACCAAAGUUGACAGAGCCUACCGCGUUCAGUGCUUCUACAUGGAAGCCGACAAAACUGUUUCCACCCAAUUGGAAGUCUCCGAAAUUACAACCGCAUUCCAGACCCAAAUUGUACCAAUGCCAAUUUGCCGAUACGAAAUUUUGGACGGUGGACCAACUGGACAGCCCAUCCAAUUCGCAACCAUCGGUCAACAAGUAUACCACAAAUGGACCUGUGAUUCGGAAACUGUCGAUACCUUCUGCGCCCUUGUCCAUUCUUGCACUGUUGAUGAUGGACGUGGUGAUACUAUCGAAAUCUUGAACGGUGAUGGUUGUGCUUUGGACAAAUACUUGCUCAACAACCUCGAAUAUCCAACUGAUUUGAUGGCCGGACAAGAAGCCCACGUUUACAAAUACGCUGAUCGCUCGCAGCUGUUCUACCAAUGCCAAAUUUCAAUCACCAUCAAGGAACCCAACGCAGACUGCCCUCGCCCACAGUGUGCUGAACCGGUAGGAUUUGGUGCCAACAGACUGGGAGCCCCAGCUACCGGAAAUGCCCCAGCACCAACUGCCCUCAGACUCCUCAAAAAGAGGCAGGCUGAUUACGAAAACGUUCUUGAUGUCCGUGCCGAUCUCAGCACUUUGGACAUCUCCGACAAGGCAGCUUCACUUCCACGUGAACUCCGCUACCCAUCCAAAGCUGGACGCCAGGUUAUUGUAACAUCUCCCCAAGAUGGUAUCUGCAUGUCACCAAUGGGACUUUCAAUCUUUAUGGCUAUGGGAGCAACUCUCUUCAUUGUGAUGGGUAUCGUAGCUGCUUACGUUCUGCGACCAUCGGUUAAGGCUUAA